UUCUUCAGCAUCAUCUUCGUCGUCGUCAUCAUCAUCAUCGCGAUCUUGGUCUUCUGCCAAGGUGAGGCAGAGCGAGACAAGGAGCGUUCCCAAAGGACACAUUGCGGUGUACGUUGGACAAGAGGAGAGGAAGAGAUUCAUAGUUCCAAUCUCGUUUCUCAGCAACCCUCUGUUCCUGGAGCUGCUUCAACUAGCCGAGGAAGAGUUCGGCUACAAUCCGCCGCGAGGUGCCCUGACGAUCCCCUGUCACGAGCACGACUUCAUCGCCGUCGUCACUUCAUCCUGAAAGAUCAUCAAUCUCACAGAAAAACACACAGUACACAAGUAUACUUAGAAUGCAAUACACACUACAUUCUUUUGAGCCUUCCUGGGGAUCGUAAGAUGACCAGGAGGUGGUCUCGAUUGUAA